AUGUCUCUUCAGAUAGAGAUGGAGAAGAAGCUCGAGAUUCUGCUGCUUCGCGGCUGUUACCGAGUCUCUGUGGCCGUUCAAAGUGAACCGACGGAACCAGGGUUUCUUCGCCAUCUGAAAAGCUUGGAGGCAGAAUGUCUUCAAAUUUGGACUUCACAGAAGGAAUUGAAGAAGGAAGUUCUCUGCAAUCAAUCUGCUGCAAGCGAGGUUCUCUGCAGCUACUUGAUCAGAGAAAGCUUCCUCUGGAAACCAUCUAUGUGGACAUUCGAGACAGCACUGAUGGAUGAGAAAGCUUCCUCUGGCAACCAUCUAUGUGGACAUUCGAGACAGCACUGAUGGAUUGUAAUGGUUUCUGCUCUUUGUAUUUCUUACCUACCCCCUCCCCCAAAAUAAAAAUUUGUUUUACGGAUUUUGGUUUGCAAUGACAGCUUUUUGCCUAUGGAAUUUGCCAUGGUUUUCCAUUUCAUUACCAAAGUAUGAAGAAAUAGUAUAAAUGAUUCAUUUUCUCAUAGCUUAAAA